AUGAAGACAAAAAAUUUUGUUAGAGGUGCUAUUACCAUUUUAUAUUCAAAAAAUUCUGAAAAAAUUUUAGUUGGUGAAAAAAAAGUAAAUACUUUGUAUUUAUCAAAUUCACUUGGAUUUCCAGGGGCCCUCCUUCAACCAGGAAUUGAUGAACAAUUUGAUUAUAGAAAAACAAAUUUAGAUAAAUUAUCAAAAAAUAACAUUUUUAAAAGUGAUAAAUAUGGAAGAAGUAUCGCUGCUGCUAGAGGAUUAUUUAUUGAAUUAGGUAUUCUUCCUAUUAUUGAAGGGAUUUCACAUAAAACAAAAAUUGAAACUGCUGAAAAUUAUCCAUUGUAUAAAUCAUAUAAAGAUAAGGUAGAAAAUUAUCCAUCUACUUUUAUGGAUCUUUUUGUAACAAAAAGUCUUGACAUUAAAAGUUUUGUAUCAUUUACAAAUCUUCAAUUAAAUACAAAAAAUAAUAUUUUUUUUGAUUUUGAGGUUUUUGUAUUACCUAUUAAUGAUUUGACAAUUAUUGAUAAAAUUUCAACAAACGUUGGUAAAUUUCACUGGGUUUCAGCAGAUACUAUUCCAGGAUUAAAGAAACUUUUUAAUAAAAAUCAGCUAAACAUUUCAAAAAAAAUUUCUCUUCAAGCUAUUAAAAAAAGUGGUAAUGGAAAAGAUGUUCUUGAAAUAAAUCAAUAUGAUUAUCACUUUCAAGAAGUUAUCACAAGAGUUAAUAAUUCUUUUGGUAACACAUCUAAUUCUUUAGAAGCUAUGCAAUAUAAAUAG